AUCAACUAGUUCUCCAUCCCCUUCAUCAUCCAUGUUUAACAUCACCCAAAUUCUAAACAAGUACCCAGAAUUCAGUAUAUUCAACGACUACCUAACCCGAACACAAGUUUGUGACCAGAUCAAUGAACGCAGAACCCUUACGAUCCUCGUGCCCAAUAAUGAAGCCAUGUACUCUUUAGUAGGACAACCAAUGGACAUGAUCAGAAAGGUGCUAAGCACCCAAGUUGUACUGGACUACUAUACCAUCUCGAAGUUCCACAACUUGCCUGUUUCGCAGUCCACUCGAAUAAUCACACUGCUUGAAGCUUCUGAUAAACCAAGUGGCCAACAGGGUUUCAUGAAUGUCACAAAUGGAGAUACAAUCUCGAUUGUUUCAGCUGCUGGUUCUGACCAGGCAUCAAUAGUUCGAGAUAUUGCUUCUGAUGAAAAUUAUUAUAUAUCGGUGGUGCAAAUUAGCAAGGUAAUAAUGCCCUCAGGCUUUAUUUCACCAUCUUCAUCACCUUCUCCAUCAGUAUCUUCACCUUCUCCGUCAGUACCUUCACCUUCUCUGUCAGUACCUUCACCUUCUCCGUCCUCUCCUCCUUCAUCACCUACUUCAUCAACUCUCAAUAUUACCAAAAUUCUAAAUGACUAUCCAGAUUUCAGCCAAUUCAAUAGCUACCUGACCGACACCCAAGUUUGUGACCAGAUCAAUGUGCGCACAUCCAUCACAGUCUUUGUGGUCAACAACGCUGCCAUGUCCUAUUUAGUUGGAAAAUCAAACGAGGUUAAGAAAAGGUUAUUAAGCCUCCACGUUGUUAUGGACUACUAUACCUUUGAUAAGUUUAAAAGCUUCCCUAACUCCCAAACCACUCAAUUGACAACAUUACUCCAAGAUACUUUCCAAUCGAUUGGCUUUGAAGGUUUGUUGAAUGCCACAAAUGGGGACACAGUCUCGAUUGUUUCUGCUGCUGGUUCUGAGAAAGCAAAGGUUGUUAAAGAUAUAUUUACGGAGAACUUGAAACUAUCAGUCGUGCAAUUAAGCAAUCUAAUUGUUCCUGUAGACUUAAAUAGUUCACCUUCUCCGUCAGUACCAUCUCCAUCUCUUUCUCCGCCAGCACCAUCUUCAUCUCAUUUAUCUCCUUCUCCAUCAACCUCAGCACCAUCUCCUUCCCCUCUUCCUUCACCACCAUCAGGUCCUUUUGACAUCACCAAAAUUCUAAGCAACAACCUGGAUUUUAGCCUCUUUAGCACCUACUUGACUCAAACCCAAGUUGCUAACCAAGUCAAUGAACGCAAAACCAUGACAGUCUUCGUGGUCAACAAUGAUGCCAUGGCCUCUUUAGUCGACAAACCCAUGGAGAUCAAGAAAAAGGUAUUAAGCCUACAUGUUAUCAUGGACUACUACACCGUCCAAAGUUUCUACAAUUUACCUGCUUCACAGACAAUUCGAAUAAAAACACUGCUCCAAGUUAUUGACCGACCAAGUGGCCUACAAGGCUUGGUGAAUGUUACAAAUGGGGACACAAUCACAAUUGUUUCAACUGCUGGUUCUGACCAAGCAGUGGUUGUUCGAGAUGUUGCUAAUGAUGAACGUUCCUAUAUAUCAGUGGUGCAAAUUAGCAAUAUAAUACUCCCCUCAAGCUUUAUAGCACCAACCCCUUCGCCUUCUUCAACCCCAGGUAAGGCACGAUCUGCUGCACCAGUCCAGGCUCCAUCUGGCAGCCCUGUACCUGAGGCACCAAAGCAAGGCGAAGCUCCACCACCAUCAAAUGCAACAUCACCCGACACACCAAAGCAAGGGGAAGCUCCACGAGCAUCAAAUGCAACAGCACCCGUGGAACCAAAGCAAGGGGAAACUCCACCAGCAUCAAAUGCAACGGCACCCGGCGCACCAAAGCAAGGGGAAACGCCACCAUCUUCAAAUGCAACAACACCCAAAGCAGCAAAUCAAGGCGAAGCUCCAUCAACAAAUUCACCAGCAUCCGACGUACCAUCGAGUUUAGAUGUUGCACCCAGCUCAGAAAGUACUUUACAGGGUACAACAUCUGUUGCUCCUACCCCAUCUGGGAGUCCUGCAAGGUUUUCCGUUGACUGUGCUUCAUUUAUAACUACAAUUUUGGUAACUGUUUAUUCUCUAACUUGCAUUAGACUGACUUGAGUUGCAAGAAAAAUGUGGUUCAUGAUCUUAGAAUAAGGAAGAAGAAUCGCAUGGUAAAGCAAGCAGGUGAUUGAAAUUUGUUCUUGGUAGACAAACGAUACACAUAAGCUGCGAAAAAUGUGUGCAUCUUUCAGUUGUAUUGUGUUAAUUAGUUUCUAGUGUUGGAGUUAGUCAUUUUUGUAGUUGAUUGUAUCAAUUUUGGCAUUGUUUUGCAAGA